AUGACCAGGGCGGUUAACGCCGGCUGGAAGCUGGAUGGUGACGACAGAGCUUGCUACAUCGAGGUGGAUGAGGAUGAACCGUUUGAGACAGAGACCAUCGGCCGGCAGGUCGAGAGUGAGCGCAACAGUGAUGACCCCGAGCAUGGCUGGACGCAGUGGAGCAAUUUACCGGAUCACAUCCUCGAGCGCAUCUUCUCGCAUCUCACUAUCAAGGAGCGAUACUACGCUAGUCUGACUUGCUACGGAUGGUACAGGGCGUUCUACUUGCCGCACGUAUGGUCCAAUUUCCUGGUAGAAGACGCAACACUCGGUCGCAUGCGGUACAACUACUACUCCGGCUGGCAACCCGUACUCGAUCACUCACGUCUCCAGAGCUGCCUGCUGUCAGUUGGGCAUCUAAUCCGGGGGCUCGACUUUCGGCCGCAGGUCAGCUUCAACAACAUGUUCCAGUUCAUGUCACUCAUCUCGUGGGCCAUGGAGCAGAACGCACGCACGUCCGGAUGUCCUCGCGAGUGGGUCGGUUGUGGGUCACGCAUUCGCUCACUCAACUACCUGUUCCCGUGCAACAUGGCCCUGAGCGAGGACCCGGAAUCGAUCAAGCUGUUCGGAACGGGCGGUCAACUUCUGGCAGCCCUCAAACGCCUCAUGUUCUGUCUCACCAACCUACACUCGCUCUCGCUGGUUGAUCUCAUCCUCGAGCGGUAUGAAGCGAACCACCUGCUGGAUGAGGUCCUUGAGUCGUGUUGCCUCGUGCUACGGCGACUCUGCCUUGUCAACGUCACCUCGUACCACUGUCCCAUCAUGCACAUCGGGUUGUUCCUCAAUCUACAGGUGUUGGAGGUCUCGCCACAGAACGUUGACGACGACGUGCUGACGCUGCUCGCCGACUCGAAGGUGAAGCAUCUCACUCUGCUGCAAAAUCGCUACACACCACCCGCGCUUGCCAUCAGCCCCUGCUCAGCCAAAGCCUGGCUCGUCGUCCGGCGGGAUAAUCCCCGGUUGCGGGUGCACCUACGCGUCGAGUCCACCACGAACGCCGUGAUGCUGCUGCAACCGGAGGCUCCGGUCGCCAGCAUGAUUUAUCAGACGCCCAAAACAAUGAUUACCUCAGACCAGCUGGUUGCGGCCGUCGAUGCCUACAAAUACACGCUGACCGUUUACGGACAUGAGCAGCUGCCAGUCGAACCUCCGGAUGGGGAGUUCCAGGAACGCCCGGAUAGUCUACUCCUUCUUCUGGCUCGCUCCUGUCCCGGGCUGAACGCCUUGAUGAUCCGCGAGUGCGUCUCGACGGCAACGAUCCUGCUGAUCGCUCGAUCCGCUCAGAACCUGCGCCACCUGUACGUGAACCGGCGUCACGUCCGGCUCGGUUGCGAUUGGCCCCGGUGUCCCGAAUGGACGGACGAGUUCUACCAAUGGCUUCAAACGACAUCCGCGUCGAUGGAAGCAACCGAACGCGAAGUUUCCCGCAUCCUUGACCAUCCCUACUGGCACAUGCUGGCCGAGGAGCAGUUCCAGAUGGCUUCCCUGAUGCGGCAUGCAGCCUUUUGA